AUGAGGAAAGAAGAUUUAAAGGUUCUUUGUUCAUCCAUUGAAAAGCUCAGCAAACUUUGUGCAUUGUCCAUAACUUCAGUAGAAGAGGAUGGGAUCAUUGAUUUGCAGCACCUUUCUUCUUCCCCUCUCCUGCUUCAGAGGCUGUACUUACAAGGACGAUUGGAGACAUUACCUCACUGUAUACCUUCUCUGCAUAGCAUUGUCAUGUUACGUUUGAAGUGGAGUAGGUUAAAGGAUGAUCCACUUGUAUUCCUUCAGUAUUUGCCCAAUCUAGUUCAUCUUGAGUUAUCUCAGGUGUUUGAAGGAGACAGUAUUUUUGGAGCUGGAGGUCAGCAGGUCGACAUCAUGCAAGAUGGAGGAGCUUGUUAA